GCCAUGAAGUGCGUGAUCGGGGGGGCGCAGCUCCGAGGUACCGGGGCCCGGGGAGCCCGGCACACGCGGGGUUCGGUGCGGGACACCCUCGGCAGGGCCCUGAGCGGAACACGAGCCCCGGAGCGGAGCGGGGGAUCCGCCUCUCCCUCGUCGCGGCGGGAUCGGGCGUUGUGCGGGUGUGCGCGGCUCGUUCCGAUGGGCAGCAUCUGGGGACAGCCAGGGGGAGAUGCCAGGGCCUGGCUGCGUGUCCCCUGAGCACCUCCAGGGGCUCGGCUCCACUCCUGGCUGCGGCGUUCCGUGGGGAAAGCUGCUCCGCCGCUGCCAGAGGCAGAGCCGCAGGGCCUCUGCUGGGCUCCGCUGUGUUCUUAGGAUUCCACCUCUCCGCAUGUCCCCUUCCUUCCCAGGCUUUCCAUCUGCUGAAUGUCAUUUCCAAGCCCGGUGGUGGAGUUUUGUCUGAUUGACCUAAUUUGUGGUAACUCCAGGUGCUGCAAAGGGACGUCCGAGGUGCCUCAUCAGAGGCAGUUUUCCAAAACUUUGAGGGUUUGGAUAAUUAAAAAUUUAAUUAAAUAGAAAAGAAAUAACCAUUUCCACCAUCCUUUUGCUUUCAAAUGCAUAAGAAAUUUGUAAUGCUUUCUCUUGGAUUAUUCUGGAGAAAGUGCAAUGCCACCUUUAUUUUCAUUUAGAAUGCAUAUUGCAGUGUUUUCUUUCCCUGGCAGUGUUUGGAAGAGCAAUACAUGCCAUAGCACGGAUUAGUGAUGAAUUUUGGUUUGACCCUGUAGAAAAAGGUGUACCUUUCAGUCCAUCACAUUCUCAGCUCCCUCCACUUUCAGUAUGGACACGUGCCAUAUUUUCUGUGAUUUUAAUUAUGCAGAUUGCACUGUGGAAGAUUUCAUUCCCACUCUGCCCUAAGAUCCUUUGAUUUUUUUUUUAUUGUCCAGGACAUCUGGAUUAAUGCCACAGGGUUCAGUUCUGUUGUCACAGGUCACAAGGUUUGAGUUUUGUACCACACAGGGGCUGCCUCUGAAAACAACAUGUUUUGUACUGUUGACUCAACAGGAAGAACACAUCCAUUAAUGCCUCUGAUUAAUCAAACACCAUUUCCAGCAGAAUUAGUGUUUUCUCCAGAGGUUUCUUAGCUAAAAGUGAUCAGCUCUCCUUGGCUCACUGGGAGGAUGGAAAAUCACAAGUGGAGAUAUUUUGUUUUAUACCUGAAGAACUUCUGAGAUGUCUUUGCUCACCUGUAUGGAUCACGCCCCUCAAAUGCCUCAAACACAAGCUGAGCUCUGGGUGUUUGGUGGUUGGAUUCAGUGAUGUUGGAGGUCUUUUCCAGCCCUGGUGACUCUGUGAUUCCAUUUCCAGCUUGCCUUAAGAUCAGUGAAUUCCUCGAGGUCAGCAUAUGCCUGUGUGUUCUUCUCAUCCAUGUUUUUCCAGCAUUACUGCUGGACAGCCGUGCCCCAGCCCUGUCAGAAGGAGAAGCAGUUAUCCCUCCCCUGUAAAUUGAUCAUUAAGUCAGUUCUCCCUGUGUUUAGAUGUGUAAAUGUGCUGGAAAGGAACGUAGAGAAAUGCAGCAUCUCCACCAGCCCCAGUGAGCAGCACAUCACCUUCCAGCUGCUCUGCAGGCACGGUGUUGUAAAAACCUAUAACCUGACCUUUCAGGAGUGUGAUCCCUUGCAGGCUGUUUUUGCAAAGCACAUGUGUCCAAACAUUCUCAAAGUCCACUCCAGGCUGCUGGCUGAUGUGAUGAUCCACUUCCCAACCAGUCAGGAAGAAAUAACCUUGUCAGUAACUCCAAUGAAAGUUUGUUUCAAGAGUUACACUGAGGAAGACACUGACUUUUCAAGGACAAUGCUUACUGAGAUACAGCUCAGUCCAGAGGAAUUUGACUACUUUCAAGUCGGAGUAGAUUCUGAAGUGACAUUUUGCCUUAAAGAACUGAGGGGCCUGCUGGCGUUCUCCGAAGCCACGAGCGUUCCUGUGUCCAUCCACUUCGACAGAUGUGGGAAACCCAUUGCUUUCAGCAUGGAGGACCUGCUGCUGGAGGCCAGCUUUAUCCUGGCUACCUUGUGUGAGGCUGAGGAGGAGGCAGCUGCCCCUGAGCCUGCCUGCUGCCCACGGCCCUGGGACAGCUCAAGGACUGGCAUGGAUAAAUCUGACCAGACCUCCAUGGAUGGAGCCAGCAACGCAGUCACAGCCGCUUCCAGAAAGCCACAGCAGAAGGGAAACGCUCCGAGCAUGGGCCCUGCAAAACCCCCAGGUGCUCUGGCAAAACAAGAGGUGAAAAAUAUUCCUAGAGGCACGGAGAGGGACGUGCCAGGCAGAGCAGGAGCAGCCACGGGCCAGGCAGCAGGAGGAGAGGCCACAGAGGCUCCUUAUGCCAAGGUGAGGGAAGUCCCCGCGGUGCCAGCAGUGGAGCCCCAGAGCUGCUGUUUGGCUGAGCACCCCCACGUGCACUGGGGCUCUCAGUGGGGUCAGUGUCACAGCAGCACGGCUGGGAAACCCCAGCACUGCUGGGAGCACCCCUGGGGGCAGGAGUGUCAAAAGCUUCAUAAUUAAUUAAUGCCCGAUUUCUGUAUCUCAGAAUUCUUACCUGUACAAAUAUUGCGUUUUCCAGUUCCAUUCCUUGUUCUUUGGAGCUGUCUCUUACAAGGAGAAGGAGGCCAUUGGUGACACCUUCCAGAGUUUGGUGACAGCCAGUGACACUGAGGAGGAGCCGGGUGCCUUGCAGAGCUCCCCAGUUCUGUAGUGCAGGGCUCGGGGUCCAAGGACAGGCAGUGGGGAGUGCCCAGGAGGGAAGGGCAGGGCAGGCCCAGCCUCUGUCACUGCUGCUGUCACCCAGCAGCACAGAAAGUUCUGGAACUGUCAGUGCUCUGUAAUGGCACAAAUUUAGGUCACGAUUGACUCCGUUGAGGUUUGUGUGCUCUGCAGGAACUGCUGGGGGUUCUGCUCUCAGAACACUCUCACUGGAGAGAGGCUCACUCUGAAUUCAGACUCUGUUACCACAGCAGGCCAAUGAAGCCGCUGUUCUGGUUAAGGAGGACUCAGGUUUUUACAGGCUCUCUAGAAGCAGCCUUUAACUGAAAAGCCAAAGUUGUCACAGGACUGCAUUCAACAAAUAAAGGUUUGCAUUUUAGACUUGCAUUAUUCUUCUCCUUCCCUGUGUCUCUCCCACCACGCGUCAGGGGCAGUGCAGUGUUUCCAAAGUCACGCUGGAACACAGUGAAAUCCCCAGUCAAGUACAGGAUCCUCAUCUGUCUGCCACACUGCUGCAGAAGGCAUCGGGUGUCACUCCAGGGUGGCUCUGAGAGCAGGGCAGGGAGGUCACAGUGACAGCCCAGCCCCCCCGGCCCUGGCUGUGCCACCAACCACAUCCCCACACCAACAAACGGAGGGUUUGCAGGCAACUUGACUUUACAAAGCACAUUUUAGUAUAAAUACUAUAUUUAUUAAAUAUCUUUACAAUUUAUUUAAAUGUAUUUACAGAACUAUUCCUGCAUAAGUUAUACCUCAGACAUGAAAUUCACAUAAUUGCCUCUUGGGUAAGCAUAGAUGAUAGUCUCAUUUUAACAGCAAGAAAAAAGCAUCCUCAGAUACAGACUCAGAUUUGCUUCAUUGUUUCAGCUAUCUUUGUCAGAACUACUGCAUACAGUCAGGGUUCUCCACACAGCAGCUGCUCCUCCCCUGGAGAAUGGAUUCCUUACCACGAGAUGGACAUUCCAUCACUAAAUCCUCCCAUCCCUGCCAGAUCAUCGCCUCUCCCUUCUCGACUCACUUGAACUGCCUGGUCCCAAGUCUGGUUUUUGGUUUGGUUUUGUUUUCAGCCUGAAUAGGACAUUUAGGACUGUAUGUGGCAGCUCUCCCAAAGAUAGCCAGGAAAACAGCAAGGAACCACAGAGCUUCUCCAGUUCCCCACAUCUUCGCCCUGCCCCACCCCAACCCCCACGGCCGCUGCUGCAGCAAUCCCGGGUUCCUGGGGGACGAAGCUCCUCCCGUUCCUCCAGAUCCCUGCUCCCACCCCAGCAGCUCCCAAACAAACCACAACCCUCUGCAGCAGCUCCAAGGCAGCCCGUGCUCAGCCAACACCUUUCCUGUACAUUCCUCUCGUGGACAUUCCCACUGACCUAAGCCCUAGCAAGUGUUACUGCUUCAUGCAUCGCUGGGAAUUAUUUUGGAUAGGAUGGGCCCCGUCAUUUCCUUCUCCAAAGAUCAGUUGUGCGCAGACAGCGUUAAGUUCAUAGGAAAAAAUCAGGUUUGAUAUGUUCAGAGUGCACGUCUUAAAAAAAACCCAAAACAAUCAAGCGUGUGAUAAAAAUAUCAAUUCUUUAUAAUACAGUAUUGCUUUAUAAACAGAUGGAAAAGCUAAAAGCUUUACUGGUCUUUGGUGUGCCCGGUGAGGGAAAAACUCAUGAUUUGAAAAUCAAAACCCAAAUUUGUUCUUUAUUUAAAAAAAAAAAAA